CAAAACAUUUAAUUUGAAACGUUCAACAAUCAAUGCAGCUGCUGCUUAUUGUAUGUUAAAUAAAUCAUACAAAACGCAACAAACAGGCUGUUAUUAAGGAAAUUAAUUUCUAAGCACUAGGCAGUUGGUGCAACGUGCGUCAAGUAAGAUGAAACAACGCUCUGCAACAAGUGGCAGCAACAAUAACUCGUUUGCCAACAGCAGCAACAUUAACAUCAACAAUAACAGCAACUUUGGACAGCAACAGUUGCAUGCAACCGCGGCAACAGGUCAGCAACAACAGCUGUUAAAAUCAGCGCAGAUUGUAAGCGAGUGGGAUGAUGGCAUUAUCUUUGAUGUGGAUGAUCCAGACUUUUGCCCCGGACCGCCACCUGUCGUUAUUGACAAGCUGACAACAGCCACGAAUAGCUGUGCUGCAGCGUUACGGAAUUUGAAUUUUAUAGUUCCAACAGCAACAGCAGCAGCAGCAGCAGCAACUAUGUCGAGUGCCAGCGUACACGCUCCCCAAAUUGCCGACAUUUGCAGUCCACUGGCUCACCACAGCUUGGGUCUGUCCGCCUCGUUGCCCGAUUUGGUUGGCAGCCCGUUGGAGAUCAACAUGGACAAUGUGCUGACCAUUGAGGAGUUGCGCCAGCAUCUGGGCUCCUGCUUUACGUGCGGCGUCUCCUGGACCGAUGAUCAUGUCUCGCUCGAUUGCAGCGAAUGCGGCGGCUACAGCCUGGAGCGUCCCUGUCCCCUCUGCGAUGGCCAGUGCGGUGUGCAAUGGAAACGUGACUUUGCCAUGUCGCAUGCAUGCAGCAAAGCGCGCUGGGUCGGCGUCUGCCUCAGUUUCCCGGAGGCGAUGGCCGCUGCGGUGCAGCAGCUGCCCGUUGCCAGCAAUACGGCCACGACGGCCACAUCCUGUGCCGCUGCCGCUGCCGCAGCGCAUCAGCUGCGUCUGGCGCAGGAGCUGUGCUCGCGCCUGGAACAGCUGUCGACGGCAUCGUCGACGGCGCCAAACAAAAUGACGCGUCUCUGAAGCGAUCGCCGGGCCGGCGUACUAUAGUACAGUGUUCCUUUUAACAAACGUGUUGGCGCCAACUAGACACAAGCACAUGCAUCAUCAGCCACCUGCCACAUGCCACAUGCCACAUGGCAC